AUUCAUCAUUAUCGCGUUUUCCCCUCGUGUGAAUACGUACUAAAAUUUGGAGGAAGGUACAGCAGGCUACGUAUUGCUAAUUGGUGUUACAUGAAGAGAAGCGAAUAUAAUAUAUACCAUUGUUAGCCCCUCAUUGCUUUCUACUAUUUUUUCUCCGACAUAUGUACCUCUGCUAUUCGACAACAUAGGAUUUCCAGCUCUUUGCGUGAUUAAGUUGCUUUCUGGUCUUUAACUUAUCAGUGAUUAAUUGGCACAAUGGUCAAGAUUACCGGUUUCGUCACACGAGACGUGAGGUUUCCAACCUCGCUUGACAAGACUGGCUCGGAUGCCAUGAACGCAGCUGGCGACUAUUCCUCCGCGUACUGCAUUAUCAAAACAGACUCUCAACACGAGGGUCACGGAAUGACAUUCACAAUCGGCCGCGGCAACGAAAUCGUCUGUGCGGCAAUCAGCACCAUUGCGUCGCUCGUCGUCGGCAAAGACCUCGACGAGAUCACCGCGGAUUGGGGCAAGACAUGGCGCUAUUUGGUGUCUGACAGCCAAUUACGCUGGAUCGGCCCGGAGAAGGGUGUGAUUCACCUGGCGCUGGGUGCCGUGGUGAAUGGGCUGUGGGAUCUGUGGGCAAAGACCCUGGCGAAGCCCGUGUGGAGAAUCAUCGCCGAUAUGACACCCGAGGAGGUCGUGCGGUGUAUUGAUUUUAGAUAUAUCACUGAUGCACUGACGCCCGAGGAAGCGGUUGCCUUGUUGAAAGAGGUCGAGCCGACUAAGCAGGAUCGUAUCAGGGAUGCGGAGCAGAAUAGAGCUGUUCCAGCGUAUACUACUAGUGCCGGCUGGUUGGGGUAUUCGGAGGAGAAGCUCAAGGCGCUCCUGGCGCAGAGUGUGGAGGAUGGUUUCAAACAUUUCAAGCUCAAGGUUGGUGGGAGCUUGGAGAAUGAUAAGCGGCGGUUGACGAUUGCUCGCGAGGCUAUUGGAUAUGAUAAGGGGAAUGUGUUGAUGGUGGACGCAAACCAGGUUUGGUCUGUCCCAGAGGCAAUCACAUACAUGAAAGAACUCGCCCAAUUCAAGCCCUGGUUCAUCGAAGAGCCCACAUCGCCCGACGACGUCCUCGGCCACGCAGCCAUCCGUAAAGCACUCUCCGAUACGCCGUACGGGCCUAUUGGCGUUGCAACGGGAGAAAUGUGCCAGAAUCGGGUGAUGUUCAAGCAAUUCCUGCAAGCCGGAGCACUGACUGUUCUGCAACCCGACGCAUGCCGGGUUGGCGGCGUAAACGAAUGUCUGGCAAUUCUACUACUGGCUCGCAAAUUCGGCAUCCCGAUUGUGCCGCACUCUGGCGGUGUCGGGUUGCCGGAAUACACUCAGCAUCUGAGCACGAUUGACUAUGUGGUGAUUAGCGGGAAGAGGAGCUUGUUGGAGUAUGUCGACCACUUGCAUGAGCAUUUCGAGCAUCCAGCGAGUGUGAAGGAUGGGUAUAUUGUGACACCUACCGAACCUGGUUAUAGUGUGCAGAUGAAGCCGGAUAGUAUGGAACAGUACUCGUUCCCAGGCGAGCCGGGGAAGAGCUGGUGGACAUCAGAAGAGGCGAAGCCUAUUUUGACUGGGCCAAGGAUUUAAUUGCUGUUUUAUAUUAUAUAAAUUGAGGUAUGCUGUUCAAGUUGGAGUUUAAAAUGUCCUUGUCAGUGUUCUUGCACAUAUAUGCAUUAUAGUAAUGAAAUUCAUUUUCAAGCUC